GUUCUGAAGCAGACGUAUUAAAGUUCUCUUGGUUUCAGCCGGUUUCCUGCUGUUUUAACGCUAAGGAGGUACAAUGAAUAUCGUGUACAUCGACUAUGUCAUAGUAUUUGUGAUGCUACCUGCAAUAGUGAUCGCAGUAUCAAUGUCAUCGUGGAUAUCAAGAUCUAUGUCCUUCGAGAGGGAGGUGUAUGACUGGAUAUCGCCAGACUUGUACAUUGUUCCACUGGUGCUAGCUUCCAUUGUCUGUGUGCUGGUCAGUGCUGGUACCCUUUACGAGAUCAUUGUCACCACGUUAGCGGGGACAAAGUCUUCAGCAGAAUCAAAGGUCGGUCGCUUGCUUCUGUGUUUCUCUGCUUACACCAACACAAAGAAAGUGUUUGACACCCGCCAACUGCCCGGACAACUCCCAUUCCUUGACGGCCUCCGCGUACUGAGUGCCCUUUGGAUAAUCUUAGGGCAUAUGGAUUUUUAUGGUAACGUUAUCGCCAGCAUAGGCAAUAGGUCUGAACAUGAUGUUCGUGACCAGGAGUGGUGGUUCUUUAUCAUUGAGCCAUAUGAUCUGGCUGUAGACACAUUUCUUGUUCUCGGUGGUUUCUUGGUGUCACACGUGUUUCUGAAGCAACUUAAGAAGAGAGAUGGCCACUUCACUGGGAAGGAUCUUGCUCUAAAUUACCUUCACCGCUACUGCAGAUUGACUCCGGUUUACCUUGCAACCCUGCUGAUUUAUCUACCGUUUGACAAAGGUUGCCGAAGUUACUGGUGGACAAACCUGCUCUACAUCAACAAUUACUUCAUGGAACCAGAACAACAGUGCACGGGGUCAUCGUGGUAUCUUGGUGUAGACAUGCAGCUGUACAUCAUGGCACCUGCCCUUAUCCUGCUUCUGUACAAGAAACCAAAGUAUGGAAUCUUCAUAAAUGUAUUCCUCGUUGUUUUAAGCUGGGCAUGCAACCAGGACCCACUUAAUACUGUUGGAAUACAGCUAGGCUGCGUCAACCCUUUCUUUUGGACGCCUGCCAGGAUGGGUCCUUACGUUAUAGGUAUACUCCUGGCUUACCUACUCUUCAGGAUCAGCAGUAAAAUCCCCAACAUCCGACGGACAAAGGUGUGGAUGUUAGUAGGAUGGGCGAUUAACGCAGCAUUGACCCUUGUAUAA